ACUUGUUUAAUGUAAUAACUGCUUUGACGCGUAUGAGCAUAGCAGUCUUGUUAUGCCAACAAAUUUGUCAGCAAACACACAUCACAAACAUCACGCCCAUUCUCCCGACUACGGUGUAAUCUCAGCCAGCGGCAGCUGCGCAGCCUCAACAACACACCGCAGAUCAGUGUAUUCCGCGCGACUACGCGUAUUUACUGUUAUUUAUUUAAUUAAUGUUAUAUAAUAGUAACUGACAAGGCACACACCCGUCCUCUACUGACAAACGGACUCUAGCAAUGCAAAACUUGCUGAAACAAACUGACAUGUGUCAAUAGCAAGAUAUAUUAAAGCAGAGACGGUGAGCAGACAAACACACAACUGGAGUGUCAGCAUCAGGCCAGGAGGUGAAGAACCAGAAGAUUGGUAAGAAGAGCGAACUGGCCCGUGCCUCAGCCAUGACAGACCCCAGCCUGACGUCCCCCUCAGAGGCCCCUCUGCGCUCCCCCCGGGCUGCACCCCUUUCCCUCUCCUUCCCCUUCUUGAGGGAGGGCAGCCGUGUGUGGGAAAGGGGAGCGCCACCCCAGCCCCGGUCACUGCCCAGCCCACUGCCCACCAAACGCAACCGCACCUAUUCAGCCACGGUGCGGGCCACCUCAGGGCCAGCGUUUAAGGGCGUGUGCAAGAGCUUCUGCAGGUCACAAGGUCAUGGCUUCAUCCGCCCCACCAAUGGCGGUGAUGACAUCUUUGUUCACAUCUCUGAUAUCGAGGGCGAGUAUGUCCCAGUAGAAGGAGAUGAGGUCACAUACAAAGUCUCCCGGAUCCCACCAAAAAACCUGAAGAUCCAGGCCGUGGAGGUGAAGAUAGUUCAUCUGAACCCAGGGACGAAGCAUGAGACCUGGUCUGGCCAGAUCAUUAGCCAGCUAGACGAGAGCUAGGCUUCAGCGCUGGCCUGUUUAUCUACACUUGGCUACAGGGAGGGCUAGGGUGGGAAGUUGAGGGGUCUGGCUAGGGAAGGCAGGGACGGCCAACUGGUGCUGGUGAGUCUGUCUAAAUCAGGUGUGCUAGAGCUGGGCUGGAACAAAACCCUAGAUACACUGACUGGCUCCUCAGGACACAAGUUGGCCAUCCGUGAACUAGGACGUGGUUAGUACAGACUGGAUUGAUAAGUCAUAAAAGCAAGGGAGGAGAAUAUGUUCAACCUGAAUGUACUGGAAGUGGGUGAAGGGAUUGAGCGGAGUGGUGGAGGAAAUAGAAUGAGAAAUCCGACACCAUUUUGAGGAGAAGCAUUACUAUUGGUGUGAAAUGAAAAUGAGGUUGGAGAGAAAAUAACUGAUGAAGGUUUAGAGGUACAGAAUCGGAAACGUCUGAUUGAGAGAGCAAUCGGGAAGGGAGGGAGAGAUGGGCGUAAGACUAAAUAAAAAGCUUUGAAUAAUGAUUUAUAUUUUACUGUGAAUGGAAAAGCCACUAUUAAUAUGUUCUCGAGGUACACAACCAUCUUUGUAUUUUUGCCUUUUAUUUAUAUAUAUUUAUUUGAUCAUUUUGUUUAGAUUUUUUUGUAUCUGUUAGUUUUGAGGUUACUGGAUUUAAGUUUUGGUUAUUGUAGUCAAAUGAAUGCACUUAAAAACUUGAACUUUUCUGAAAUACUGCCGAACCGACUACAACUCCUAUUAGGCUUUAUCAUGUGGCAAUUUGUAGUCCUGUUUGCAAAUUGUAACUCACCAUGAUGGUAUGAGCAAAUUACUGUAAGGUUUUUGAAACUAUUUGAAACUUUUCUAUUGUCUGAGAGACACUGUAACACACUGUCAAUGGAAUUGAAAUACAUUUUAAUGUAUUUGUUUAAGUUCUGAAAUGAUCAUUUAAUUGUUACUGAGCCGUUAUUCGUAUUUGUUUCAUGUCUACCCAUUAUGUUUAGCAUUUCUCCAUAUUUCUAUGUAUUUUUCUGUACUUCAUUCUUACUGUUUUGGGUUGUUUUAUUUCAUAUUUUAGUUUUAGUUAAAAUACUAGGUUUUUCAUUGGUCACAGUUCAGAGCAUUUUCUGUUAGACAAGCCACUGUGGCUAUAGUUUACCCUCAUUUCUAUGUGAGCCUUGAAAGAGCACUAAAAACAUUUUAUGAUUCACAAUUAUGGUGGCUGUUAUCUUUCUUUAGUAUUUAUCUUUGGAGAUAAGGGUGUACACAUAGUAUGUGACAUUAUAAUCACAUGCCUAUGCCUUAGUUAUACUUUCCAUCUGUUGUACAAAAAAAUAACAAGUCACACUUGGCACAAUGAUAUAAAAUAAUUUAUUACAAUGAACGUAGUUCAAAUUAAUACAGUACUCAACAGUCACAUGAUGAUUUCACAAUUAGUGUAUGUCGAUCAAACUGUACAAGUGAGUCCACUGGAUCUUUGUCAUUCAGGAAGGUCUAAUGGCCUUUGGCAGAAGGGUCAAGACAUCCAGUUUGAUAAGAUACAACUAAAGGACGUGUACCUAUGAAUAUACUGGGUAGGUAAUGUAAAGGGUGUAUGAGCCAGCUGUGAGAUCCAUUUCUUAUAGCGGUGCAGACUGAAGUAGCAGGAAUCAUUUAUAUGUAAUUGCAUAGAUGAGGUAAGACUUCUCCCUACAGAGUCUAAACACUCUUAGAAAAAAAGAUGCUAUCUAGAUUCUAAUUAGGGUUUUUCGGCUGUUCCCAUAGGAGAACCCUUUGAAGAAACCUUUUUGGUUCCAGAUUGAACUCUAUCCACAAAGGGUUUUACAUGGAACCCAAAAGAGUUCUACCUGGAAUAAAAAAGGGUUCUACCUGGAACCGAAACGGGUUCUCCUAUGGGAACAGCCGAAUAACCCUUUUGUGUAGAAAGUCUACACCCUCCUUGGAUUUCUUCACAUUUUAUUGUGUUACAAAGUGGAAUUAAAAUUGAUUUGUCAUUUUUUUGUCAACAAUUUACACCAAAUACUCUGUCAAAGUGGAAGAAAAAAUUCUAACAUUUGUUUUAUAUACCUUGAUUAGAUAAGUAUUCACCCCCCUGAGUCAAUACAUGUUAGAAACACAUUUGACAGCGAUUAAAGCAUCUUGGGUAAGUCUCAUAAGAUCUUCGCACACCUGUAUUAUGCAAUAUUUUCCCAUUAUUCAAGCUCUGUCAAGGUGUUGGAGAUCAUGGCUAGGUAGCAAUUUUCAAGUCUUGCCAUAGAUUUUCAAGCAGAUUUAAGUCAAAAUUGUAACUUGGCCACUCAGGAACAUUCACUGUCUCCUUGGUAAGCUACUCCAGUGUAUAUUCAGCUUUGUGUUGUAGGUUAUUGUCCUGCUGAAAGGUGAAUUCCUCUCCCGGUGUCUGGUGUAAAGCAGACUGAAGCAGGUUUUCCUAUAGGAUUUUGCCUGUGCUUAGCUCCAUCCCGAUUGUUUUCAUCCUGAAAAACUCUCCAGUCUUUGCCGAUGUCAAGCAGACCCAUACCUUGAAGGCAAUUACUCAGUGAUGUGUUGUGUUGGAUUUGCCCCAAACAUAAGGCUUUG